AUGGGUUCGAGAGAUUUUGAGUCUAUCAUGGAUUUACGAAAGUUGGCUAACUCAAUUGCUCCCAUUGAGCUGUCUGUCGGCUGGAGUCUUCCUUCCUAUGACUGGAUUAAAGUUAAUACGGCUGGGGCUUUGCGAAGACCAACUGCUGGGUGUGUUCUUCGGGACGGUACAGGAGCUUGGUUAGAUGAAAAAAGACAAAAGUGCUUUUUUGGAUGGUGUCGCGACGGAGAUCCACCCGCAGUGAAAUAUCGGAUUGACAAGCACCAUGGUCCAACUACAGCUCGACGAUUCAUGAAAAAUAACGAUACCGAUCUGCAAUUCCAAACAAAUAUAGAAAGCAAAAAUGCUCUCUCGCUUGGUGGGAUAUUGGAAGGAAACGCAGAUCUCUCUAAUAUGACCUGCUUCUACAACGGUUUCCGUCUUGACAGAGGAUGA